AUGAGAUCCAUAACUAUAAUACUUGUAAAAUUGAUUAAUUAUAAACUAGCUAUGCAAGCGUUAAACAUCUCAUGGCUUAAUCUGCAAAGAACAGGUUGCAGAGAUAGUAGCAGGUUACUUAGAAGUAUAACAUCACGAUCAAGAAAAGGGGAAAAUACUUUAGCUUAG